AUGGUAAAACAAAAGUUACAGCCAAAAGAGCCGAAUGGGAAAGUGUCGGAAUGGAAAAAGAUGAAACUUGUUUCCAUUGCAUUCAAGGAGGCUUCUCUUGAUACUCCAUCAUUCAGAGCAUCAGUGAAUCAUUUUCAAACUAGAACUGAAAUCUUCCAGGAAUGGAUGGAAAAAGUUGUAGAUUUCAUAUACAACAAAUACUCUUCAAGUAUGGAAGAUUUCCAAAGGGCGCAUAAUACAUUCAUAUCACUAUUGCUACCAUCGCCAAUGAUUUUGAGCAAUGGGUUUGUAGCUAAUCAAGCCAAUACGCCUUCGCUCGUGGGGUCAUUCAAUCAGACAUUUUAUGAACUUUCUAGCAAAGUAUUCAAGGUGGUGUGUGAAAAGGAUUACGGUAGCCCUAACUCUUUACUUGAGUUGAUGAAUACAGCCAUAGAGCCAUAUAAGGAUAGAAGAGCAAAUUUUGACUAUUACCAAAGCAAGUACGACAAUAUGCUGGGCAAAUACCAGGCCAUCAAAAUUUCAAACACUAAUCUUGAGCCUGCCACCAUAAAAGAGGAUGCCUUUCAAAUAUUUGAAAUUAGAAAAGAAUAUCUUAAAUCGUCAUUGGAAUUAGUAUGUGCAAUUUCUACAAUGAAACUGGCCAUAGACAAGUUUCUAUUAGAGGUUAUGGAGACCAUUCAAACCAGGGCUUCCCAGUCCAUGAAGGAAAUUGGUCAGUUUAUUGAUCUAGCUCCGGCUUUAUCUGCAAGUCUCAAGGAUUACGCGCAUUGGAUUGAGAACUCAAUUGCAUCAACAAAAAUAUUGGCAUCUGACAUGCAAAAAGCGAAACAACAGGUUAUGGAAUAUUCUCUAUCUAAAAUUGCACCAGCUCAGGAAGUUAAUGAUUAUAAUGUGAAAAGCAUUAAUUUUUCUUCGCUAUUAAGUAAGAAAACCGAAGCAAUUAAAAAUCCACCAGAGAAGUCAGGAUGGCUCUAUAUGAAGACUACGGUUGGCUCUCCAAGUCGAACCGUGUGGGUUCGUAGAUGGUGUUUUUUGAAGAACUCUGUUUUCGGUUUGUUUCUCUUGUCCUCUUCAAAGACAAGCGUCGAAGAAACCGAUAAGUUUGGUGUUUUGCUAACUUCGAUAAGGUAUGAUCCUGAUGAAGACCGUAAAUUUUGUUUUGAAGUGAAAAUAAUGACGAGAUCCUCAAAAGCAAGGACUAACAGUAUCAAAGAUAUUCAUCUCGUUUUACAAGCGGAAAGUUUACAGGAGCUAAAAUCUUGGCUAAACACGUUUGAUGCUUCAAAGAGGUAUGCAUACAAUUUGAGCCAUGAUAGCGCUGAAUAUGACAUGGCCUUCAAAAGGUACUUCCCGGAAUUUUUGGAGUUUGCAUCAAGCACCACGACGACAACAGAUCAGCUCAUAACAACAUGUGACGAAAAUACAAUGUCAAUAAUGAGCAUGACAGAUUCAGAGCUGGCUAGUCUAUAUAUGGAAUCAUCAGCCGGUCAUAAAUACUUUCAAUUCCAAUUGGCCGGAACGCCUAUUUCAACAAAGUUGACACCGGUGGCUGUAAUGGCAAAUCUUUACAAAAAGAGUCAUCAUUUACCAAACGCUAUUCUGGCCAAUAUCUGGGGCUCUGCUAAUUGGAGCGAUUACGCAAUUUAUGACGAUGAAGAAGAAGAACCUGCGGUAUCCACAAAGAAAUUGGGUAGAGGUAUGACCACUUCCACUCUUGUGUACCCUAACUUUUAUCCAAAUCAAAUGAAAGUGGAGGAUGUUCAGUUCAAAAGUUUAUUUUUUACCAUAAAUCAAAAGCUCAAUCAGUUUCCGGAUGAAUUGCUACUUUUUAACUUUAGCUCAUUUUGGUUUCCCAACAAAAGGCAAAAAUUCUCAGCAAAUUGCUACGUCACGGUAGAUCACAUUUACUGCUAUAUGAACUCGAUGGGAUUUAUAUGUUUAACACACCGGAGCCUAGGUGAUUUGGUUUCGGUUGAGGUGGAUACCUCUGCAGAUAACUUGUUGAGAAUCUACGAUGUAAACGGCAUUCAGCUGAAGAUGUUUGUUUACUUCGUCGAUCGCCAAUUAAUUGCUAAUAAGCUCCAGUAUCUUUUAGAAAACAAAGCUCUGAAACAGCCGAAAAAAGAAGAAGAGAUCUUCAAAAGGUUGAAUGUUAUGGAUUCAGAAUUUCAGGAAAGGCACAGGAGAAGUACUCUAGCUGGUUCAAAGAUUUUUCAAAACCAUGCAGAUACUGACAAUAGCUUUGGAACUAAGCUAUGUGAAUCAUUCUGGCCGAAUGACGAAGAAUCGUCAGAUCUUUCCAGAAGGCGUAAAUCAAUUCAACGGGAAUACUCAGUUAUGUAUCGACAUGCUUAUGAGGUGAGUAGUAAAUGCCUCAUACAUAUUUUGUACGGUGAUCAAUCAAUUGCUUUUCCAAGGAGUUUACUUUUGGCAACGAAAGAUACUAACUCUAAUAUAUCCAGUAAUUGGAUGCAAGAGAAUUCUGCUGACGGCCAGGGGCAGCUGGUUCGAACACUAGAGUUCAACUUAAACCUAACAGACAGUUUUUUGGGUAAUGUGCGUAGAGGACAAACCUGCGAACUCAAAUUGAAGCAAAGGAUGGUAAGGGUCAUUGAAAAUAAAUAUUACGAAAUCGAACAAGACCCAAUAAUAAUAAAAAUUCCAUUUUGCAGACCAUUAAGAGUGAAAGCUAAGCAUGUUAUUAUGGAAGCCAACGAAUCACGAUUCUCACUCAAUUCACCAUCGUCUUCUUCGGCAUGUCUGUUAUACAUUUUCUAUAAGCUCCAGUUCCUAGAUCCAAUAACUGGUAAAUGUGUAAAUAAUCUGACUUUCGCAGAGAGAGCAGUAAUGCCGUGGGCCAGACAUUUUACUAGCUUUGAGUACGCAUCCAUUCGAAAAAUGAUCAGAUACUACUUGGAAAAAAUUGGAAAGCAUGGUAAAACUAUCAAGGCAAUCAAAAUAUGCGGUAUGAUAGGGGUCGCUAAGAGUAGGGCGGAACAAAAUGAUGAAUCAAAAGGCUUGAAUAAUUCUGCCAAAUCAGUUUUGUCCAAUGAAAAAUUACAGGAAGAUUUGAAUAUAGACGUUGUUUAUUCCCUUUCAAUCAUCUUCAAAGUUAUCCUAAAACUGAUUGGCUAUAAAAUAACAAACUUUGCAUUUUUAUUUUUGAGAUAUAUUUUCCGAUGGCUUCUCCUGAUGGUCUCCAAUGUUACACAUAUCAAUAGAACUCUCCUCUUAGGAUUACUGCUAUCCAUAACGGUGAAUAUAUUUUUGUCCGGUAAAUCAUCAGUUGCUUACUGGUCUGUUAAAAGAGCUGAAACCGCAUUUCACGACUACGCAAAGGAGAAUAGCGAAGUAUCAAUGCAUCAUGCGAUCACCAUCAAGGACCUCGAUCUAUUAAAAUUCACUCUUGCGUACGAGAAUGACAAUCUUCCCUACAAAAAGUUCAACCAUACUCAUUCUGCAGAGAUUUACAAGUAUAAGGCAACCAGGGAAGAGAUUUCAGCUAAGCGAAACGAAGCGUUGAUCGAAUUGAAGAUCCUUCAGAAUAUGGAACGCGAGCUGGUACAGGACCAAUAUAAAAAAUUCCUUGUGAAAGAGCUCGAAAACUGCCAUAUCGUUGAACAGGAGGUAUCUCAGAUAUGGUCUAAUGAUACCCAAUUGCAAAAGUACUGCCAAAGUUGUAGUACGGAGCUCUACAGAGUCGGAACCCUGCUUCUAUGA